AUGGCGACAACAUCUCACUCCUCCCACUCUUCUCAUCCCGCCCGCUUCUCUCACUCCGCCCUUCCCUCUCAUAACAAAAAGCACCCAACCGCUGCUAGCAUCCCCGCUUCAACCUCAACCUCCACCACCACCCCCACCUCAUCCGACGACGACAACAACAACAACAACAACAACAACAACAACAAAAACUCCUCUUCUCCCUCUCCCUCCUCCUCCUCCUCCAAACAGGAGCACGAAUUACACUGGAAGCCAAUUGGGCGACCGGGCAUAUCUCCAGCCACCUCACACUGGCAGCCCCAGUUCAAUCGAAAACAGAGCUGGAACGAGCAGGACAUGAAGCACCAUAUGCAGCAGAGGUUGACGGGGCUGGAGAAGGGGAGGGAGAGCGGGUUUACGGAGAUUGAGAAGGAGAUGAUGUGA